CUGUGUUGAAAGGGGGGGUGUCCUCUUUGCAAUCAGCAGUCGCCAGCUGCAGCGGAGGGCUCUUCAUCUUUAACCUGCUGCAGACACGCGGAGAGACACGCACUCGUUCACCUGCUGAUAACCGAGCGAAGAUGUUCUGCAGACGGGCAUGGCAGAGGGUCGGGCCGCUGGCACGGUGGGCUUUGAAGCCGACAUCCAGAAACGCAGCUCCAGUGCGACACAUGGCCUUCGGGGUUCCUGGUGGCUCCUCCAACAUGGCGUACUUUGUUCUGUGCGGUGGAGGCCUCACUGCUGCCGUCGUCUAUGCCUACAAGACGGUCAACGGUGAUAGUGAGCGCUAUGAGGACAGACUCGCCAGCAUGGGCUCCACAGCAAAGGCACCAGAAGCAGCGGUACCGGAAGCAGCGGCACCAGAAGCAGCAGCACCAGAAGUGGAAGCUCCCACAGCUGAAGCAGAAGCGCCAGAAGCAGCAGCUCCCGCAGCUGAACUCGCCCCAGUGGAGGAGGCAGCACCGGUAAUAGAGGUCGUUGCCGAGUCUGCCCCUGCAGAACCAGUAGCGGAGACCGCUGCUGAACCUGUCGCCGAGGCUGUGUCUGAAGAAGCAGCCGCUGUCGCCUCAGAGGUUGUUGCAGCUGAGCCAGCAGUCGCAGCUGAGCCAGCAGUCGCAGAAGAAGCUGCUCCACCUGCAGCGGUUGAGGUGGUUCCAGAAGCUGCUCCAGUCCCUGUGGAAGUCGCUGCCACAGAGGAGACGCCAGCAGAAGAGACACCAGCAGAGGCCCCUGCAGCAGAGAGUGCUGAAUCUAUGCCAGACCUGCUCACAGCUGUGAAGAUUUUGACCGGCUCCACAGUUGAGAUUGCAGCAGCCUCUGUUGGUGAGACGAGUCUGGUGGAAGCUGUCCGGAAAAUAGAGGAAGAUGGAAAAGGUUUGGACUCCACACUGGAGGAGCCAGAAGUCCUGGAAGCAACCACAGAGGUGGUGGCUAAAGAAGUGACUGAAGAGCCGACUGUUGUAGUGAACGAGGAGGAGCUGAAUUCUGCAGAGGUUGAUGCAGAAGAUGCAGGAGCUCCACCUGCUGAAGAGGAGACAUCUGCUCCUGUAGCAGCAACAGUGGAGGAAGGGGAGGAGGAGGAGGAGGCAGCACUUCCUGAGGAACCUACGACUUCAGCUCCGACAGUGGAGGAGGUGGGUGAGGUUGAGGCUGAAGAUCAGACUGGAGCUGCCCCAGAGGAGGCCACCACCACUGCUGAAGCAACGGCUCCUGCUGAGACAUCAGUGGAGGAGACAGCUGCCGAAGCUCCGGCAGAGGAGACGGUAGAAGCUGUGGAAACAGACGGGGAAGCUGCAGCAGUUGUGGACACGAUUCAGCUGGCAGCGGCCUCCUCUGGGUCAGACCUGGAGGUCCUUUCAGCUUCUGAAGCAGAGUCUACAACAGAGGCUCCAGUACAUGAGGCCAAGCAUUGCCACUCCUGCCACUCUGCGCCAUCAGCAGAGGAGGUGGCGCCACCUGUUGCCGAGGGAGCUGAGGAUAUAACACAUGAAGCCAAGGAAGCAGUGUCAUUGAUGGAAGGACAAACCACAGAGACUAUGGUGGUGGUGACAGCCCAGUCAUAACAUGAGAAACAGUGUGCCUUCCACAACACUGGCUUAUCUGUCAACCCAGCCAGGACGACCCAUGAAAACACAAGGACUAUCUACAGGUUUAACUAGUGACUGUGUCCUUUUUAAAAUGUUAUCACAGAGUUUUUAAAAUGUUUCUGAUCAAUCUCUGUUAGCAUUUGAGAAAUUAUUCCCAUUAUGUCUCUUGUCCUCUAGAUGCCACUGUUGCAAAGCUUUUCAUGACCAGUUCAAUUGAAGUUUCUGUAAAGGUGUUGUAGUAAGCACUGGAAGUGGUUUGUUGUUACUGUAAUGUUGCUUUUCAUAGAUAUUGCCUACUUAGCCUACAAACUGUACCGAGAAUUGUAAGUGGGGUGCACCUAUGUUAUCCCACGUCAUUUCCCACUCAACACUCAAUCAACAAUUAUAACAGCAUGAAGACAUACAUUUUUUUGUCACUUUUGCCAUAGUACGAAUGCAGAUGCAAGACAAGUUUAAUUUAUUGUUUGCUGAUUUGAGAGGGAGGCAUUCCUAGAAGAAAACAUUACAACAAUACCAGUGAAAGAUAUUGCACCAAUGCUGAUAUUUCCACUGAUAUCACUAGUAUAUCCAUAUUUUGGUGCAUAUUUAUUUUCUAUUUUUUAGUGCUGAUUGUUGUUGUGUAUGAUUAUAUUCAACAGUAACAUGCCUCCACUUCUCUAAAAGUUGUAGAUGGCUGCUUUGUUUUAACAUAUUUAUAGAUUUACUGCAUAAAUGAUCAUAUAUUAACUAUAUAUUAUAUUAAUAUAUUUAAAUAGUUAAUAUACCGGUUUUAUGUAGUUCAUUUCGAUGUCUGUGUUAUCAUGAUAAUGUGCUCACAUAGACACUUUAAAUAAAGUGAUAUACAAACAAUUUCACUUAACUUAAAUAUUCUUGUGUUAACCAGUGUUAUUAAUUCACUGUCCUGUAGUGGAUGUCAGUGCACUGACCACUUGAGGGAGACAGAUGACUGUUAUUUAAUCAUUUGUCUAAGUUUAUAGAUUUUUUGGAGCUUUUUUAGAAUAACUUGUGACCAUCAUGACAUCAUCUUUGUUUCCAUCAGGCAAAGAGAAGCAAGAAAAUGAAUUCCUUAAAAACAACAACACAUUAUUUAUCCUCUGUUUACAGCGGGUGGGUCAGGAAAUGUUUUUUAAUUGAAACAAAUAAAAACUCUCGCUAAUAAAGCAGUGAAAUGGAUGCUCUGGUGAGCUCGGAUUGUUUAUUGUACGGCCUGACGUCACGAGUGUAAUUUGCCUGAACAAGCGGAGAGUUACUGACAGCACACUGUCUCCUCCUUUCUCCUCCUUUCUCCUCCCGCGGCUCUGUCCAUUCACUGUCCCACAUGAAACGCCAAAGGGCACCAAGCUCUUUGCACUCUUCUGUCCGGAGACCAUGAACACAAACCACUAACGUUGACGUUGGGUUAGCCAGCCGUAAGCAGCGGGACUCCUCCGCCAACAACAGCAGCGGGACCAGAGCCGUCCGGAGGGGAGGUUACUGUUUCCACUGGGCAGCCACAGUCGUACCUGAACGUUCAGUAAUGGGGCUAAAUCAUGAGAAGCCUGUCGAGGAAACUCCAGAUACAGACUAAUUUAUAACUCAUUAUGGUAAUUUUCAUGCUUCAUGUCUUUAUUUGGACACCCAGGGCUGACUCUCAGCUGAUUCCAUUGGAAUAUGGUUUAAAAUCAAAUACGACCAGCUCUGUAAUACUAAGAUCGUUUAAGCUUAUAACUUUCACAAAUGGUAAUCGCACAACACAUGUUAGGAGUUUUGAAUGACAUAGGCACUUAAUAUAAGAAGUAGCAGACCAAAAUAAACUACAACAGUUGGUUCCAUUAUGCCAAAUAUACCACCAUAUCACCACUACUGAGGUUUCAUGUUACAUUCAUGUCAUGUGGGAAUAACAAAGCAACUUGCUUGUAAUAUCACCAGGCAACGAUUCAUCUUUUCCAACUACUUAAUUAGAGUUUCAUUAGUUGUCAAUUCAUUGAUUUAUUAUUCUUUUGAUGAAUCGACUAGAAUCAGUCUGAUGCUGAUUGCAGUUUCCACAGUCUACAGUGAUGUUUUUAAAUUGUUUGUCUGACCAACUCUCCAAAACCCAAAAUAUAUUUAAUGUGCUGUAACAUCAAACACAAAUAGAAAAAUCCUCACGUAAAUGAGGAAUCCAAUAUCAAAUUGGUUAAUUCACUAAAUAUAAUAGAAAAGGCCCUUUUUGCCAAACUUUCAAAUUUUUUGUUUCAACUAUAGUCACAUAGCUAUAGUUGAAAUGACUCUUCCACGGCUAUAGAUGUGAUCUAGCACAAUUAAUACUGUUGUAUUAUAUUAUUUCAUUUAAUUCUGUUUCAGAUUGACAUAUGUUUUUUACUUAUGUUUUACCACACACAAAAAAGCUUGAUAAUGAUCGUUUCCCCCACCCCUCUGUAAUGUGUCAGUGUUGAGAUAUUAGGCAAGACUGUCAUUUGCAUUUUAGAACAAACUGUGAAGGUUUGAGGCUUAUUUGGACACCAGAUACUAAUAAACCUGUAUUGUAAAUUGAGCAAAGGGAAUGUAUGACCCAAAAAUGCUAACUGACACAGGGGCUAUUUUUCUAGUCAUUGAAUGACAAAGGUUUAGAUGUGACACUACAACACUGCAGAGAAUUUAUAACCCAACUUUAUUACUACGUCAUUGUAGCAACUGAGUUAUAGUGGAACUAGUGGGUGUGUGUGUGUGUGGGUUGGGUGUGGAUGUCAAGUAAAUCCUGAGUUUAUACUUGACAUGUAUGUGGACGUUGGGUCGUCAGUGUGUGUGUGUGUGUGUGUGUGUGUGUGUGUGUGUGUGUGUGUGUGUGUGUGUGUGUGUGUGUGUGAGUGUGAGUAUGGUAGAGGGCAGGGCACAAGGCAGGGCGUUGUAUCUUUACCAACAGCCCCAGUUACUUGGAACAAAAGCUCUGUUGUUGAAAGAUCAUGUGACUGUGUGUGUGUGUGUGUGUGUGUGUGUGUGUGUGUGUGUGUGUUCCACCCUUGUCAUGUGAUCUGAGCUCAGGGCAGGGUCUAAGAAGUGCUGAGUAGCUCUGAGAGGUUCCUUCCAUCCAGGGAACAGGCAGACAGAGACAGCGAGCAUGCAGGCGGAGAGAGGAGGUGAACUGCCAGGCAGAUGGAUGGACGGAUGGAUGUCAGACAGAGAAGAGGUGUGGGGGAGAGACAGAGAAAGAUACAGAGAACGUCCUGUUGCUCUUGCUUACCAAGGCAAGACAACACCAGCCUUAUUCUUUCAUCCUCCUUCUCGUCUCUCCGUGGAUUUUGAAGCAGCAGCCAAGUAAAGAUGCAAGCCUGCAUUUUGAAUUGCAUCAACUUUUCUGUGGCAAGGCAAGUUCAGACUUCUUUCCUUUUAGUUUGGACGUGUGUGGCGGGAUCACAUGGUGGGAAAGUUGGCCUGUCAGGAUGACUCCGCUGUAUCUUGUGAAGUCUCCAGACUAGCACUGACUCACCAUGAACUAGAAAAAUAUUGGCAAAAGAAACAAGCAACUCGUCUCCCCUCACCCCUGAAUUUGAGGCAUUCACAUUAAGACAUGUAGCUCUAGCUCUUAUACAAAAUGGCUCUCAUUUCAGACAUAUUUUCAAUUCCUAGAAUACCAGCAUGACUAGUAAAGAGUGAAAAGAUCAAGCUGGCUGCUUUUAACCUUUAAAAUUAUUAAUUUUGUUGCUUGUAAUGUGACAGGUAUCUGCUGGUAGUUUCUGAAUGAAGUGGUUUGCUGAAAUGGUAAUAAUGCAGGCUCUUUUACUCCUUUACUCCUUUCUACCUCCGUUUGAGCUGACUAGCGAUAAGGCAGCCACGUGUUCGCAGGCGUCCAGCAGGUCCUGUAAUUCUUGUUUGAGUCAAUGAAACUCUUAACAGAUCAGUGUAUUUGCUUUUGUGUGUGUGAUUGAAUGUGUGUGCAUGGGAUUAACCCACUCUGGGCCUGCAGCAUGCAUGUUUCAUGGUCCAUGUCUGUAUUUCUCUGCCUAUAUGGAUGUUUUCAGUGUCUUAGUUGGGUGAAAAUAAAGACUGGAUAGAGAGGAAACAACAAUAGAACAAAUCUCAUCUAAAAUCAAGGCAUUCAAGAGAGGAUUGCAAUGAGAGGUUAUUGCCCAGGCUGGUCCAUACUGACAUAUGCUGUCAUUUUAGUGCCAGAUCAUUCUGUUGACCGAGUGAAAACAUACAUGCACCACAUACAGGACUCUGCACUUUGAGCCUCCCUUCCACUCAAUGUCUUUCUAAAUGACUUUCUAACCAAAUGAGUUAGAUGGGCUCAAUAGAUUACCAAAACCCAGUGUCACAAUCCCCAACUCUUCCGUGAACUUGCAGAAUGACCUCUGUCAGUUUAACAGCAAAAUAACGGCACAUGGUGCAACACAUGUACACACCUUUCUUUGGUUAUCCUGUUUCUGUGCCAGAGAGCAGCAGGUCAAGUAUGAAGUAUUACAACAUGUCUGCACGUUCUUAAAAAGUCUAAAAUCCAAUAAGCUGAAUUUUAGGCCUUAAAAUGUCUUUAAAAUCAUCAAUUAAGUUAAUGUUACUUGUAUAAAGUUGCAUUUUUUCAGUCUGUCUGGGAAACAUCUGUAUUACUCAUGCUGUAACAACUACAAAACAAAACUGACAUGGAACCAAUAAAGAUUUCCCUUAAUA